GUGAGUUUUGCAUGACAGAUCUCCAACUGGUAUUUCUGAAGAUGGAUGAAGAGAGCCAGUUCCACCUGAGCCAGGAGUGCCGUGCCCACCCACGUUUCGAGGAGUACCGUGCGUACACAAAGAGCCUGGGCUUGGAGGUCUUCACCUACAUAGACCGUGUGGUGGCGGACAAGGCCUCCUUCUUGCUGUGGCUGGACGACUGCCAGAAGGCAAAGACUACGGCCGAGACGGCACGUGCCCGAAUGGUGGCGCACCCACUCUUCCAGGCCUUUUGCGAGGCUAUCGGUGUUGGUGUCGAUCAGUGGGGCCAGGACGAAGCCAACGUGGCGAUGGAACUGGAGCUGUUUGAAGAAUGGGUGGCAGCUAAGGACAUCGAACAGCGGGACCCUUUGAAGGGGCUGUCCGAGGGUACAGCAAGUUUCAUGGACACAAUGGAAACACAGGUUUCCCCACCACCGUCGACGACGACCGUGCCGCCGCCACCUCCUUCGGCGCCUGCCCCUCCCGAUGUCGCAUAUGCUGGCUCAGAAGAUGUGCCGAGGCCGCCUGCAGAGGCAAAUGCCACUGCCACUGCAGAUAUAAAGAAGCAGCUGGAGCCGGAGUUCGAAUCUGCCUGUGGUGGCGAAGGUUCUGCUGUGCUUGGAAAUGCCCCAUUUCUGCAGCAGCAGCAGCGCCCCUAG